AUCAGAAUUGCGCUCAGGGAUUGGCCUGAAAUCCAGAGGUUUCAACAGGACCUGAUAGAGUCCCAGCAUUAUGAUGCAGCCUAUGUCUUUAGGAAACUGCGAGUUGCCAGAGCUUUCCACUUCACAGCCAUGCCAAAGCUAUUAAACUACAGAACUAAGAAGAAGAUCCAGGAAAAUGAAUUUAAAGAAGAGUUUAAAGACCCAAGUAACCGAGUAAACAGCCUCAUCACUAAUGAUGUACUGGAGGAACUGAUGAAUAUUCAUGAGCAUUAUCAGAAAAUAAAGUGUGUCAUUUCAGCUGACAAAUCUCAGCCAGACAAGGCUCUGAGCUUGAUAAAGGAUGAAUUUGUAGUUAAUCUUAAAGAUAUAACUUUGGAACAUCAGGAAUGGCAGCAAAAAAGAAUGAAAUUAUUCUUAGAUGCUAAAGAGGCUGAUGAAAUACUAAACAGAGUGGAAGAAGGGACCUCUCUAGCAUCAGAAGGUUCUGAAAGAGCAAAUGCAUUGGCUAAAAUCAAGUACAGAUCCUAUUCUGCAGUUGUUGAGGCCUCCAAAUCCAGAAGACACCGUCAAGUGAAACUAGAAUCUUCUGACUCAGGAUCAGAUUAUGGGAAAUCUCAAAGCAGGAGUAAAAAAAGUAGUAAAAGACCACAGAUGGCAAGGAGUAAAAAUUCUGCAGGAAGCCAAGGAUGGGGAGCUAUGCUAUUGCUUCAGUCGUUCUCUUUACAUCUGACACUCAUUAUUUGUUUUGUUAUUGAAACCUUCACUUCCGAGUGA